AUGGCGUGCUCAAAAAUAUUUUUGGGAGAAUUACCCGAAUUAUUGAGCGAAAUUAUACAAUACUUUCGAAGUGAUUUCUCAACAUUACAUUCGUGUAGUUUAGUCAGCAGAUUAUGGUGUCGUUUGGCGAUUCCAUUAUUGUGGGAAAAUCCAUUUUCAAUUAUUCCCAAUAAAAAUUAUUACUCUAUUGAAUAUCAUAAAAUUCGUUUUAUUGAAACUUAUUUAGUCAAGUUAAAUGACAAUGAUAAAAUAAAAUUAUAUGAAUUCGGUAUAAACAAUUUGACUCCAAAUACACUAUUUAAUUAUCCCAGUUUUAUUCAAUAUUUAGAUACACGUUUGAUUAGUGUUUUUAUUGAAAAAUGGGUUGUAGCUGUUAAAAAAAAUGAAAACCCUUCAUUUACCUUAAUCAGAAAUACACAAAAUUUAGAUUUCAUAAAAUUCAUUUAUAAGUCAUUAAUUAAGAUAUUCAUUGAAAAUGAAGCAAUCAUACAUACUUUUGAUGUUAAGAAUCGUCAUAAAUAUUUCGAUGUUAUUUCUGAAUUAGUUUUACAAAGUUCAAAUUUCAUUUGUAAUAUCAAAAAUCUUUAUCUUGAACCUUAUUACUCAUUUAAAAUUGGUAAUAUAAACCCUUUAUUAAAAUUUCUAAGUUCUAAUUGCAAUUCAAUUUCAUCGCUCUAUAUUCCAAGUUUUAAUAAACAUAAAGAUAGUAAUACGCUUAUUGAAUAUUUAUCACAAUUAUCACAAUUAAUUAAAUCACAAAAAAAUCUUUCCAAAAUUUUAUUUUUUUAUGAUUUUCCUCAUUUAACGUUAUUAAAUUCUAAUUGUUUGAAUACUUUAACCACUAUUAUAUUUUACAACAUCGAUUUUAAAAAUGUAAAUUUCUUAAAUGAAGUAUUUGAACAAUUAAAUGUUUUAGAAUCUAUUCACAUUAUUUAUUGUUUUUCUCUGGAUUUUAAUUUUAUUCAACAAAUAAUUAAUUUAACCAAACCAUUUAAAUUAAAAUCUUUAUUUGUGAGUGAAGCAUUUGUGUCAAUAGAUUUAUUAUUACAAAAAUCUGGCGAUUAUUUAGAAAAUUUUGGAUUUAAGUCAUUUAAAAUUUAUGAUGAUGAAUCAGAAUCACAACUACUUGAAUUAAUUACAAAAUAUUGUAAGAAAAUUAAAUUCUUUGAAUUAUGUGAAUUUGAUAGUCAGAAUAUUUAUCCAGCAAUUAAUUUAAUCAAAAAUAUUCAACAAAAUCUUAAUUAUCUUACUAUUGAUUUAGAUUAUGAUUUUGGAACAUAUUUUUGUAAUAGUGAUGCCGAAAUUAGUUCAAUUGUACUUCAAAAUUUAGGACAAAUUCUUCCUCCUAAAUUAGAAUAUUUGAAUAUGUCUCUUGUUAUAAAUACAAAUGAUUUUGUAAUAUUUUUGAAAAAUUCUCAUAAUACUUUUAUCAAGAAAUUAAUAUUUAGUAAUAUAAUAAAUGGAAUACGAGAAGAAGCUGGACAAGAUGAUAUGUUAUAUAAUAUAAAAGAAUAUAUUAUGAAAAAGAAAAGAGUCAAAUACUUCGCUUUUCAAAACCUUUUCAUUAUUAACGAUGAUCAUGAAGAAUUGUUUUAUUUGAAAGAUGAAGUAAAGGAAUUUAAAUUACAUGAUAUAAUAGUAAAAAAUUAUAAUGAUUUGAAAAUUGGUGAAUUUAUCGAAUUUUUAAAAGAAGAGAUUAAUUAG